AUGGCCGCCAACUCGUUGGAUUUGCCGUUGGCAAACGUGCCAUCCGCUAUUACUUGCGCUGCAGCUUGUCCCAGAUUUUCUAACGUCCCACAAGUUCGCAUCAUGGCUUCAGGCAAGUGCACCUUCGUUUUUACAACCGGCCAGCUAAAAUUUCAUUGCCCGUGCGAGAAAGGGGAAUUCCACUUGGGUUCGAUGGUCGACCCCAACGAGGAGUGUAAGCUAUGUGAUCACCAACUUCAAUUGCAUCAAGAUGCUGUUCCAUUCAAGCCUUCAUCUAUCUACGGUUUCCAGCCACAAGGUCCGCCCCAUCUUCCCACAGUUUUCAAAGCUGUAGCUUCAGUGAUAAUUGAUGAAGACGUAAAGGACACCGGACUCUGCCGAAUAGCGGACGAUGUAACUGUUUCCCCAAGGCAACACACAGUAGCUGAAUUGAUCAAGCUCAUCGAUGCCUACCCCGUCGUCCACGUCAGAGGAACCCCAGCCAGUGGGAAAACAACGCUGGCGCGGUUACUUCGCGAUAGUUUGCAAGAUCAGGGACGCAUCGUCCCAUUCGUCCACACUUGGAAGCAAAAUCUUGAUGAACUUGACUCAGAGCCUUGGGUGGCACUUGCUAUGGCGCUCAAGCAACGACUUCCACCCGUUCAUAUCCCAAACCUCAUGAGCAACGAGGUUGUUAUGAUUGUGGACGAAGCGCAAAUGUCAUACGAUGAUGAUUACCUGUGGAACUUUAUAAUCAAGUCAUUGAUAGACAAGCCUGAUAGAUAUAAACUCCGAGUUUGUCUCUUCUGCUGCUAUGGAAGUCCAUCGAUGGGUCUGGAGCCGCCUCAGGGUUCCAAAUUCUUUACUCCAGUCACUAUUCCCGAAACACAACGCAUAACGCUCACACCCCAGUUGUGUAGUGAAUCACCGAAGAUUGGCCUCUCUUAUACUGAAUCAGAGUUCAAUGACGUCCUUUGCCGUAUAGUUCGAUACGAAUUCUCCAAUCUGGUUGUUACAAUUGAUGAGGAAGCUAAGAGAUAUGUGUUCUCGCUUACGAACGGGCAUCCCGGAGGCGUAACGGCGAUGAUACGGUUCAUCUGCGAGACCUAUCGCACCGACAUGAAACAUGACAGGACGUUUGUGAUAUCCCAGCAGCAUGUUCUCAACAUCCUUGACGGUAAUGAGGACUCUGCUUUUGAAUUCCUGGUGAAAUGCGGUGUCGCUCGCUCUUUCCCACGACCAAUAGACCUUAAAAGUCCAGUCUAUGAAAUAUUUUGCGAGAUUGCGGAGAAAGGACACAUUGAUUGGGAGCAGAGACCAGGGUUGGAGGUCUGCUACGUGAGAGGCUGGAUCCACAGGGUACUUGCGGGUCUCACAGCGAACCUGGAAGAAUAUGAAAUUGCUGUUCUGCCAUCCCGGCUGCAUGAGAAGUGGAUUCAGUACCUCAUUGGUCGAGACAAAAGACCCUUGCCGACGCGCUUCACAUACUUGACUCAGCUGUGUAUGGAGAUUCUACCUGAGUUUUCGAGGAUGAACUUGAAACAUUCCACUACCAGCAAGAUCCUGUCAACUGCAGCACAACCGAGAUUCGUUGAAGCACAGUAUCAAGAUGAGUUCUAUAGGUCGUUUUGUAAGCUGGCAGGGCGAGGGGUUCCAAUAUCUACUGAGUGGGCCAGGACGAAUUCUGGAAGAGUUGAUUUUUUCAUACCUGAGAAGAAGUGGGCAGUAGAGCUAUUGAGAGCAUAUGAUAGAGUCGAUGACCAUAUCAGGAGAUUUCAAAAGGGCGGGCAGUAA